GGUGCGCACGGUGCGGAGGGGCAGAGCUGAGCUGAGCCCGGCUGGGGCCGCAGGAGGACGGUGUGGCCGAGGACGCCGAGACUCUGUGACCGCUCAGAGGGGACGAGUUGCGCACCUGGAAAGUUACGCGGCGGCCUGAUUCCCAAGCAACAUGGGAAAUGGUUCGGUGAAACCCAAACACGCGAAGCACCCAGAUGGCCAGUCAGGGAACCUCAGCACGGAUGCUCUGCGGAGCAAGGUGGCAGAGCUGGAGAGGGAGUUGAGGAGGAAGGAUGCAGAGCUCCAGGAACGGGAGUACCACCUGAAGGAGCUGCGGGAGCAGCUGUCCAAGCAGACCGUGGCCAUCGCGGAGCUCACGGAGGAGCUGCAGAGCAAGUGUAUCCAACUCAACAAGCUGCAGGACGUGGUUCACGUGCAGGGAGGAAGCCCACCGCAGGCCUCUCCGGACAAAGUGCCUCUGGAGGUUCACCGCAAGACAUCAGGGCUGGUGUCUCUCCACAGCAGGAGGGGGGCGAAGGCUGGAGUGUCUGCAGAGCCCACAACCCGCACCUAUGACCUCAACAAACCCCCUGAGUUUUCCUUUGAGAAAGCAAGAGUCAGGAAGGACUCCAGUGAGAAAAAGCUCAUCACAGAUGCCCUCAAUAAGAACCAGUUUCUGAAGAGGUUGGACCCACAGCAGAUCAAAGACAUGGUGGAAUGCAUGUAUGGGAGAAACUAUCCACAGGGAAGUUACAUCAUUAAGCAAGGAGAACCAGGCAACCAUAUCUUUGUGCUGGCAGAGGGUAGACUAGAGGUGUUCCAAGGAGAGAAAAUGCUAUCACCCAUCCCGAUGUGGACCACAUUUGGGGAACUAGCCAUUUUGUACAACUGUACACGGACCGCUUCUGUGAAAGCUAUUACCAAUGUUAAAACUUGGGCACUGGACAGAGAAGUUUUCCAGAACAUUAUGAGGAGAACAGCCCAAGCCAGGGAUGAGCAGUACAGAAACUUCCUCAGAAGUGUUUCCUUGCUGAAGAACUUACCUGAAGAUAAGCUAACGAAGAUCAUUGACUGUUUGGAAGUGGAAUACUACGACAAAGGCGAUUACAUCAUCAGAGAAGGAGAAGAAGGAAGCACCUUUUUCAUUUUGGCAAAAGGAAAGGUGAAAGUCACACAGAGCACAGAAGACCACGAGCAGCCACAGUUGAUCAAAAUCCUGCAGAAAGGGGAGUACUUUGGAGAAAAAGCUCUGAUCAGUGAUGACGUCAGAUCAGCUAAUAUAAUUGCUGAAGAAAAUGAUGUUGCGUGCCUCGUGAUAGACAGAGAAACAUUCAACCAAACUGUUGGGACCUUUGAAGAACUCCAAAAAUACCUUGAGGGGUAUGUGGCCAACCUGACCCGUGAUGAUGAAAAGAGACAUGCAAAGCGCUCUAUGUCUAACUGGAAGUUAUCCAAAGCCCUUUCUCUGGAGAUGAUUCAACUGAAAGAGAAGGUGGCCAGAUUCUCUUCAACCUCCCCAUUCCAGAACCUUGAGAUUAUCGCAACACUGGGCGUUGGUGGGUUCGGACGAGUGGAGCUUGUUAAAGUUAAAAAUGAGAAUGUCGCUUUUGCGAUGAAGUGUAUAAGGAAAAAGCACAUUGUCGACACUAAGCAGCAGGAACAUGUCUACUCAGAGAAGAGGAUCCUGGAGGAGCUGUGUUCCCCAUUCAUCGUGAAAUUAUAUCGCACUUUCAAGGACAAUAAAUAUGUAUACAUGCUUCUGGAGGCCUGCUUAGGUGGGGAGCUGUGGAGCAUAUUAAGGGACAGAGGCAGCUUUGAUGAACCCACCUCCAAAUUCUGUGUCGCCUGUGUGACAGAAGCGUUUGAUUAUCUGCAUCGACUAGGCAUUAUCUACAGAGACCUGAAGCCAGAAAACUUAAUUCUGGAUGCCGACGGCUACCUUAAGUUGGUUGACUUUGGAUUUGCUAAGAAGAUUGGCUCUGGGCAGAAAACAUGGACAUUCUGUGGGACUCCAGAGUAUGUGGCCCCUGAGGUCAUUCUCAACAAAGGACAUGACUUCAGUGUGGACUUCUGGUCCCUGGGGAUUCUAGUAUAUGAGCUUCUAACCGGCAACCCACCCUUUUCUGGGAUAGACCAAAUGAUGACCUACAAUUUGAUUCUCAAAGGAAUUGAAAAAAUGGACUUCCCUAGGAAGAUAACAAGGCGACCUGAGGAUUUGAUCCGGAGGCUUUGCAGGCAAAACCCAACAGAAAGGCUGGGGAAUUUGAAGAAUGGGAUCAACGACAUUAAGAAACACAGGUGGUUAAAUGGUUUUAACUGGGAGGGGCUGAAAGCACGGAACCUUCCAUCACCUUUACGAAGAGAGCUCAGUGGCCCGAUAGAUCACAGCUACUUUGACAAGUACCCUCCUGAAAGGGGGGUGCCUCCGGAUGAGAUGUCAGGCUGGGAUAAAGACUUCUGACACAAGAAAAGUGAUGGCACAUCACAGAAGAGGACUGUGAGGGUCAAUGAUACAGUGCUGACUAUUCCUUUCUUCAGAGCAUUGGAAGAUCUCUUGGAAGAUCGCUAGGGAGAAGAAAACCCUGGCUGGAUCACAGAAGGAGAGUGGCUUGAUGUGGUUCUGAAUGAGAGUGUCUCCUUUAGAUGCUGUGGAUUAUUCCUGUAUUCCAUUGUACUUGUCCCAGAUGUCAAAGGCUGUACCCUUCCCUUUAUACCAUCACACCUAGUUUUGUUGGCAUAGCAUAGUUUUCUCUGAAAUCUGCUGCUACCUCCAGCUCAUACUCUCCUGCCUAGAAUCCUAAGGGGAAAAAAUGAACAUUUUCUUCUUGAGCACCUAAGUCGUGCAGAUAGAAGGAAGAAUACGAGGAUGAACAACUUUAGAAGAAUCUCUCCAGAGCUCAACAGACACCAAGGAUAUAUUGUGAUGUCUUCAAAUGAUGGUUUCCAGACGUCUUAGGUAGUCAAGAAAAUGAAGGGUUUCAUUUUCUUCUAACCUAAAUAUACACUAAAAUAUUUUUCUGAUGCCAUGUAGGAAAAAGAAAACAUUUGAAAAUUAGCUAGUGAUACCAAUUACUAAAGGAGGUCAGUUAAUCAAAGCAGAUAAUUACAUUAUUUUUAAUAACUUAGAAAAAAAUAAACAAAAAUUUUAUUUUUCCUUUGCCUGGUUGUGAUACUUCAGAGAACUUUUAAAAACUUCAUUAAAUCAUUUAGAAACUAUGGUUAAUUAUUGGGCCUUUUGGGAAUGUUUCACCUUAUAUUAAAAAAUAUUUCCACUAUCAAAGUAGAAAACAUGGUGGAAUAAAUAGGAUAUUUCCUUCUUAACAGAGACAAAGCUCAUGAACUCUGAUAGCUAAAAUUGCUGAUUCUUUCAAGAUUUAAGAUAUAUUCUUCAAUCCUAUUAUUCCUGCUAUUAAUAAACACAAAGAAUAGAAUGACCACCUUUAUUUUUUUGAGAAGCCCAUUGGCAGAUGUUGGUAUAUGUAAUCUCUGUAGAGUUAGUGACUUUGCUGAAAAUCAUUUGAGUCAUUUAUAAUUUUAACACAAGCUAUUGGGGAUGUGAUAGAAUUUUAGAAACAAAGGAACAUUCAGAAUCUGGUCUCUUUCUCUUUUCUCUUGUCGGUCUUCCAAAUAAUGAAUCGGAGAGUUUCAAUGCACUGGACACCAGUCCCUGAGAAUUUUACCAGUGAGUGUUUGUAGGUAUUGACCACAAUCGCUUCCUGCCUUCCUCCCAAAAUGAUGAGAUUUUUCACUAUCGUUUUAAUCUGGCAGGGUAGAAACAACAGCUUGUAUCAUUCCUAAUUCCUUUAUCAUUCAAGCUGCUGAUUGUAUUUUCAUAUGAUAAUAUUCUCUGUGAAAAGCAAAGUUCACCAAUCUCCACACAUAUAUUUUCAUUCUUGAGAGAAAGUUGUCAAUCUAUUUCCUGAAGAGUCAAGAGCCCAGAAUAAGAAAGUGCAUCAUUAAUAAAUUAUAUUUACAUAGAGUCCUUUUACUGAACCAAAGAGUUUUGUUUCUUCGGGGAGAUUUUUAAAGAUUAUGUAUUGUAUAUAGAAAAGCUGUUUUUAAUAGGAUUGAUAUAAUAUGCUUUAAGAAUUUCUAAAGUUUAAAAAUAUUUUAUUUGCCUUUGGUUUGUAUGUACUAUAUGUUUUUCCAUGUAUAUAUUUUAUAAUUACCAACAUAUACAGGUAGAAAAUGGAUAUAUUGAAUGGACAUUAGGACUGUACAGUUAUGAUAACAAUGGUAUUCUCAAAAGUGUUCCAUUAUUAUAAUUGAAAAGAGUAAUACUAAAUGUAUAGAGUUAAAACCUAAUCUAGAGGUUAAUUUUCCUGUCAGUGGUCAUAUCAUAUGUAAUUCUCACAUAUGAGUUUCUUGUGUUUCCUUUAUAAAAUGAAGAUAUGUAAGACUGAAUUAUCACUUAAUCUCAGCCUGAUUUCUAACUCAGUGAUCUUGAGAAAAUGAUUUGCCUUUUGGAACCAGUCUCACUUGUAGAACAGAGGUGAGGUAAGGUGAUAUCUAUAGACAGAUCCUUGCCUGGUUUCUAUUAAAUGAUCCUUGAUGCAUAGAUGGGAGGUACUGUUACUAUCUCUGUUGAAAUUAAAGAGGCCUUAUUAAACAAUUAGUUCUGAA